UCAUCCAAGAUGGCUGCUGAGGUAGACAUGGUGGCUAAAGCUAAACUCCUCAUGGACAAGAAACUGCCCAUGGCCAUUCCUAGGGUGUCAUGGAGACCAUACCUGGCAACCUCUGACACCAGGACACCCAUCCUGCUGACCGGUGGACAGUCCCCCCCUCUCCUGACCUAUGAACCCGACUUGGACAGGCCACCCAUUGACCAUCCCACAGGCAACGUGGACUAUCCCUAUGACAAUGGGUAUUACCUGUUUUCGGAUGACCCAAACUGCUGUCCACUAGAGGAGGCAAAGGAAAGACAUAGGAGGAGCGUGGAGCAGAACUCUUCAUCUAACAAAAAACUUGUGGUGGAGGAUGACAUUGUUGUACAGGUGCUCAGCUGGUGGCAGGAGAUAGUGGCCAUCAGCGUCGUCACAUCUGGCAUCAUACUGCUCUUCCAGAACUUCAGGAAAAAAGACAUGAAGAUGGACUCCCAAGGCUCCACAUCUUCUGGGUCCCAAACUCUGUCAGACACUUCGGCAGACCAGACCAAACCAGGGCAAGAUGCAGGGGAGUACAAGUCAAGGUACCUGACAGACUUUUACCCUGUGCAGUGCCUAGGAUGGGGCGGAUUCGGAGUCGUGUAUGAGGUCAAGAACAAGUUUGAUGAGUGCAAUUAUGCCAUCAAGAGAAUAUCACUACCAAACAGGAAAGAUGCCAGAGACAAGGUCCUGCGUGAGGCAAAGGCGCUGGCCAAACUGGACCACCCUGGGAUUGUACGGUACUUUGGCACGUGGGAGGAGACGCCGCCUCCCGGCUGGCAGGAGGCAAAAGAUCGGGAGCUUCUUGGGGAGCUCAGCGGGUGUACCUUGAACAGCCUGCUAGGCACCCCUACUGCCAGCUCAGGUGGAGAUGUCCCGCCCAUCAGAAGGUCAGCUCACCUCCAUUUCUCCCGGGAGACCAGUGUGGAGGAGUCUCCUCAGCACCGACCCACAUCGCUGUACCACAGACAGCUCAGUGACUCCUUCACACAGAAGCUUGCCGAUCUCUCAGGAACGGGAGCGUUUGUACCAACACUCAGCCAACACGACAGAGACCUCACUGAAAGCGAGUCUUCAAGUAUCGUGUUUGAGGACAUCUCCGCAGACAAUGACGGCAGUCUUCCAUUCCAAAGUUACCAACAUUCCAUGACAAGAGAGAGCAGUGGUAUAGGAACCAGUGUUGCCAAAGAUGAUUCUUUUCAGAUCCUGUUUGAAGAAUCAAGUAGCAGUCAUCAGACAAACACUGAUGAACCGGAUGGAAACGUAUCAGAGAGCUCUUCUCUAAAUGAUGUUGUACAUACACAAAAUCAGUGUACGGAUAAGGAUCACCAGCCCAGAAGCGACAGUACUGCUGAGUGCCAUAAUAACCCCAAGGAAACAGAAAGAUUAACCAACACAGAUAGAGACUUGCAGAAGAAGCUGACACCAAGUCCAAAAGUUUACCUGUACAUCCAGAUGCAGCUGUGUCAAAAGGAGACCCUGAAAGACUGGCUGGUUUUGCACACAGCAGACAGGGACAGGGACAACAUACUGCACAUCUUUCACCAGAUUGCCACAGCUGUGGAGUAUGUACACAACAGGGGACUCAUGCACAGGGACCUCAAGCCAUCCAAUAUUUUCUUCUCACUGGAUGGUGUGGUUAAGAUCGGUGACUUUGGACUGGUCACGGCCAUGGACGAGGGGGUGCAUGGGGAGGAUGUGGUUACUGACACUGCUGUAUUUCUGGGGGACAGGAGACACACUGACCAGGUGGGAACCCAGCUGUACAUGAGCUCUGAACAGAUUGCAGGGAAGGCAUACACCCACAAGGUGGACAUCUUCUCUCUGGGGCUGAUCUUCUUUGAGCUGCUGCAUCCCUUCUCUACACAGAUGGAGAGGGUCAGGAUCCUCCUGGAUGUGAAGAAACAGAGAUUACCUCUGCCAUUUGUGGAGAAGAACAAAGCAGAGGCUAACUUUGUACGAUGGCUGGUGUCCCACGACCCUGGUCUCAGACCCAGUGCCACAGAGAUAAUGAACAGUCCCCUAUUGAAGAACAGGAAGCCACCCACAUCCCAACCCAAGAGGCAAUCAAGAAUCCGUAAGCUGUCAUCUUCAAGUAAACUUGUCGAACAGUGAUCUAGCUGGGUCACAUUAACUUCAUCAAACAUGUACAGUUGCUGACCUACAUGUAGAUGUAGGUAUAAUUAAUAUCAUAUCUUUGUUUUGAGAUGCCAGUGCAAGAAAUUAUUGAAGUUUAAAAGAUAUUUGCUGGAAGUUACAGAUGAGUUUGUGCCAAUAGCAUGGAUACAAUGUGCAAAGUGUAAAGAUAUGCUCUUGGCUGCUGAUGGUCAAAUGUUUCUUGUGGGGAGAAUGAUUUCCUGUUUUCUUGAGCCACAUUUAGGAAAAGUGGGUGCAAUGAUUCAUACAUGUAAUUUUCUUCAAUUUAGUUAUAUUUUUGUGUGCACUUUUUGAGACAGAUGGAGGAAGCAAGUAGAUAUACUAUUAAUGCAUUCCAUCCAUUAUGAGCAGCAGGAGAAUUGGCAAACGGUGUAACAUGAGUUCAAACUGUUCGAAAUGGUUCAUAUUUUUGCCUCAAACCUAUUUAUGCAGGCAUUGCAGAUGUUUUUCUUUAUGUGAUUAUUAUUGGAAAGGAAUAACCAAGCUGCAAAAUGUAUUCCAGAUGUACAGAUGUUCUCUUUGUGUAUUUAGCUAUAUAUGUUACAGGACUUUGGAUCACUGUACCUCCAAACAUUGUGAAUGAAAGCAAUACUGCAAACUUUUGUUGUAAUUAUCUAGGAGAUGAUGAUAGAAUCUGUACUUCCUUCACAUGCUGUAAGAAGGCAAAGUAUCUUUCUCAGGUGAUUUAUGGUGGUAAAAAUCAUUCCUCUUUGACAAAUGAUGAAAAGGCAAGUGUCAUAACAGAAUUACAAUUAUGUUACCAGUGUCGUUAUUUUACGUUUAUUUCGUUGCAAUGUUGUCUUAAAUAUAUACAAAUUUUUGAUUUGUAGUAUAUUGUAGGAGUCUCCACCAAGACAUAGACUGGGUAACCUUAUAUCCAACCUUGUCCAAUUUUUUGUCCACUCCAUUUAACUUGGCAGUGGUAGACACAUGCCUAACAAGGAUGGAUCUUACUUGCACUAUGGAUUGGAGACAGCAAUUGUCUAAAGAGAGGAUAUGACAAAGGCUAAUAGACCAUUCACAGUUUAAAAUGGUCUACAAAGUCCUUUCCUAUUGAAAUUCAGAACUGCUACUGUAUACAUGGCAAAACCAGUAACUUUAUAUAGAAAUGUACAGCAUAAAAGAAAUGUGUUGUAUGAUAUAUGUACUAUAAAUAAAGAAAGAGAUGACAUGAA